AUGGUUUUUCAUGAGGCGGAGAUGUCAUGGAAUGUACUGAUCUUUCCUGACCAGAUGAGCCCCAAGGGCCUGUUGCUCCGCAAGUCCAUCAUUGAGCGUCUCCUGGAGGACAUAAAAUGCAGGAAAGCCUCCGAGGAGCAUGGCUACUACAUUGCUGUCAAUGAGCUGAACGCAAUAGCUGAAGGGGAAGUUUGUGAGCUGACUGGGGAUGUUUCUUUCCCAGUCACGUUCACCUGCCUCACUCAAAAGCCCAGGAAGGGUGAAACCUUGGUCGGCUCUGUGGAUAAGAUCCUCGAGCUUGGCGUGUUCCUGAAAUCUGGACUGAUAGAGAACAUCUUUCUGUCGUACAAGGCGAUGGGCGACUACAGGUACAUUGGUGGCGACAACCCGAUGUUCAUGAAAGACCACUUGAAGCUGGAGAAGGGCACAAUCGUGCGCUUCAAGGUCCUGGAUUUUCGCUGGGUGAAAGCAGAUCGACAGUUCCAGCUCCUUGCGACGAUGGUUGGCGAUUUCCUCGGACCUCUGUAAGCUGCUUUGACAGGU